AUGGGGAAUCCGUUCAAAAGUGCAUUUUUAAGAACGUUCGUUGUCAACAACAUAUGGAGUCCUUGCGCAGUUUCAUGCUUCAAUCAUUCGAGCUUAUCCAACGAUCUGAAACACUUGAUCGUGGAAUUCAAAGGAGACAAAUCUAAUAUCGGUUUGAUAAGGUUGAACCGACCAAAAGUUUUAAAUGCCUUAUGCGAUGACCUCAUGAACGAGGUGAACAGUGUUUUAGAUAGGUUUGAAAAAGACCCUUCAGUCAACUGUGUGAUACUCACUGGAAGUGACAAAGUUUUUGCUGCAGGGGCAGACAUAAAAGAAAUGAAAAACCUAGAUUUUAAACAGGUAUACAAAGGUUCUUUUUUAUCCCAUUGGUCUAGAAUUGCAAAGUUCAAAAAGCCUAUAAUUGCAGCUGUCAAUGGAUUUGCAUUGGGUGGUGGAUGUGAACUAGCAAUGAUGUGUGACAUAAUAUAUGCUGGAUCUAAAGCUCAGUUUGGACAACCUGAAAUUAUAUUAGGAACCAUUCCAGGUGCUGGAGGGACUCAACGUCUUACUAAAACAAUAGGUAAAUAUAAAACUAUGGAAUUGGUGCUUUCAGGCAGAAGAAUGUCUGCCCAAGAUGCAGAAAAAGCUGGCCUUGUUUGUAAAGUAUUUCCACCAGAAGAACUUCUCAAUGAAGCAAUAAAAUUGGCUGAAACCAUUGCAAGCUUGUCUCCAAUGGUUGUUCAAAUGGCUAAAGAAUCAAUAAAUGCAUCACUUGAACUUUCAUUAAAUGAGGGUCUGCAUUUUGAAAAGUUGUUGUUCCACCAAACAUUUGCCACAGAAGAUAGAAAAGAAGGGAUGGCUGCAUUUGUUGAAAAAAGACCACCAAAGUUUACUGACCAGUAG